GGCAAGAAAUCGCAGUUUCUCGUUGAAUGACAGUCACCAGAUUUCUCGUCAGAUCUAAGAUGGCACAAUCACUGAGAGCGGGCUCCCGCGUCCUGGCUCGAAUGAGCUCGAGAUCCUUCCAAGCUCCCCGUCGAAGCUUUGCCAUUUCAUCUGUUGUCCGCGCCCCCGAUCUAAUCCAGGACCUCUACCUAAAAGAAUUGAAAGCCUAUAAGCCACCACCACAAAAAGCAUCCGACGCCGAAGGUUAUGUGCAAAAGUUCACCCCUCCCGCGGCACCCAAGUCCCCCGAAGAAGCCAAUCUCGCGAGUGAACUCAAGGCGUACGAUGAGUCGGUGGUCGAGGUCGAAGGACAGAGCUCUUCCGGCGAAACUCAGACUGAGGUGGAGGAAUUGUUUGAGGAACCCGAGCCGGAUGAUGUGCCACACCACUAGGAAGCCAUUGGGUUUUGAGAUGGGAUAGCUUUGCUUCUACGCUCACCCAGAGAUGUACAGAGAGGCAAAAAGAACAAGAGAAAAUACAUGGUGGAAACUUCUAGAGACUCGUACCACCAAUGUCAACAGAAGCAUAGCAUGUCCUCUGUAUGUUUACAACGUGCUCUAUGUGUUGUGAAGCGUGCGUCUCCGCCAUGAUAUCUCUCACGUGCAAGGAUAUCCGUUCGCACCUGUGAACCCAUUCUGAGAGAGUAAUGUGUGAUCGAAGAUUGAAUAUGCCCAAACUGGAAAUGGCCUAUAUUCGACCUUGGCUGUUGUCUACAGUCAAAAAUCAAUGCUUGAGGAGAGACAUUUGGGAUUUUACUUUUAUGGUCCGACGUGACAGAGGUCAUAGGUGGGUGCUGUUUUACGUGAAU